GCUCCUUGGAGUGCGCAUGGCCCGUCAAAGACGGGCACCAAAGGGGUUCUCAUGGCUGCGGUGGUUCUCGCUGGCCUGGCCAUCAGCUCUGUUGGCAGCAGGCGGCGCUGUACAUUCCCGGCUGCACCAAGGCUUCCACAGUGUGACAAACGCAUCAUUUUGGUGGACAUGGAUGGCACCAUUGCCGACUUUGAUCAGCGAGCACUUGAGCUUUUGCAAGCACGAACCCAGCAAUCUUUGAAGCAGGAGCCAUCUGAGCUGUGCCACUUUCCACUGACCAAACAAUUUCAAGAGCACAAGGAAACGCUUGAAAGCAUCUACGUGGAGGAGAACUUUUUCAACUCCUUCAAGCCCAUCGAGGGUGCCAUUGAAGCGCUCAAGGAAAUGCAAGCACACCCACAGCUGGAGGUCUUUCUGUGCACCUCUCCUAUAGUACAAAGCAAGUUUUGCUCUCAGGAGAAGGCAGAGUGGGUUCGGAAGGCCUUUGGCGAGGACGGUGACUCGUGGGUCCGGCGGUUGAUCAUCACCAGCGACAAGAGUUGCUAGCUUGGCCACGUGCUCAUAGAUGAUGCUCCCAAAGCAAACGCCCACGUUCACUCGCCGACCUGGGAACAUGUGUGGUUCACGCAGCCCUACAAUGCUGUCAUGAAGGGUCAGCGGCGGCUGAACCAGUGGCAAAACUGGCGCACGGUGAUACUGGAGUAAAGCAAAUUUGGUGCUGGUGGCUUGGGUUUCAUGAUGGGAGAAAGCACCACAAGUUGACAGGUUUUAAGGUCAAUGUUUUGGUUGCAAGAUGCUGGACGCGUGGUUCUGGAGAUUACGUUUUCAUUUGGCUUUAGAAACUACAUGGUUCAGUGGAUUUGAAGGUAACGAGUGAAUCAAAUCGUUGCCAGUGUGCAUCUCAACUGUGUCCAUCAGCUUUGCUCGGUUGGAAGGAUGGUCAAUCACUGGGUGGGAGUAGAUCUUGACACUGUCCAAAUGGAGACGGACAUCUAGAGAGGAUGGCCAUGGCCGGGGAAUCUUUUUGCGGCCUUUUAGGCUGCCGACGUUUCAGCAAAGCAGACCUUUUCCGAGUGGCAACAGGAACACAACUGUUUGCUGGAGCUGCUGCUGAAUCUCCUAAAAUCUUGGGGAAUUGCAGUGGAUACAUUGGUCAUUUUAUUUGCAUGGAUGUCAAAUCUGGUGUUUAUGCCUGGCCUAUCGGCUGUGGCUGUUG